AAAUUUAAAAUAAAGACAAAGUUUUUUUUAUUAUUACAAAAUAAUAAUAUUAUUCUGUUCUUUUCCAUUCUGAUACGUAUCAUCUAUUAUCAAUCACAUAACAUAACUAAAUAAAUUGAAAGGAAAGUAAUAAAAACGAAACUCGAUCGUGACCAGCCGUAUCGAUUAAUCGAUCGAUCGCGUGGUGAUCAGUGACCAACUUCGACCAAUACAAUAAAAUAGUGGCGAGAAAAAGUUUGGAAAAUGACAAACUCAAUAUUUACAAUUAUCCAGGAUAGAAGGGCGAGCCGAUAGGCGCCAAAUAAAGAAGGAUGGGCGAUAUUCUGCGAAAUUGGAUACAAGCUAGGCUAGGAAUUUUGACGGACUUACGCCCCGAGGUGUUCGGUUAUUAUACCAGAGACGGCUCGCUUUUGGCUCAAAUUUUGCACAGCUAUGACAUAAUAACCCAAGAUCAAUUGGACACGAUCAUCGUCACCCAAGAUCCCGCCCUAUGCCGUGUCAAUUUGAGACAUCUCAGUUUUUGGCUACGGUUCGUGACUAUCAAGAUGGACGAGGACUUGAUCGAGGAGAUCUCGUGCGGCAAAGGGACUACGUCUCUCCGCCUGUUCUACAAAGUGUACCUUUGCCUCGAGAGCAAGGACAGGUUGCAUUUUAUCACGCUUCAAAAAGAGAGGGAGAAAUUCGUACCCCAGUCGAAGAAGUUCGAUGUGAUCAGAGUCUGCGAGGAUCCGCCACCUUAUCAACCAUCGGAAAAUAAAUUGUCGAAGAAGCUGGUAAAAGGGCAAGACGUGAUCCAUUGGCAUCAGCGCAAAGUUCCAAAGAUGCUUCGAUCGUAUAUCAAAAAAAAACACAUUGGAGUCGUCCAGUCGAAAUGCGUAAACGAUGCCGACCCGUGUUCCGUUUUCGAGGUAUCUACCAGCCCCUAGCUAGAAAGAUUCGCGUGACAGGAGUCUCGCGUCCAGGUACUCAUGCUUACGCGAGUUUUUUUUUUGUCUCUCUGUGAGGAGUGAGGGUAAGAUGAGGAUACAAAGUGAAAAUAAAUGUUUCUUAUACAAAAAAUAUUAGUUUAACAUUGCAAUUGUAUACGCUUUGAAAAUAAAGGGAGCGUGCUUUGAUAUUUUGUUAAGUUAUUACGUUUUAAGUAUUUGUUUCUACGAUGCAUAAUAUUUAUUUUUCGAUUAAUUAUAUGUGAAUAAAUAAUUUUCUGAGAAUUUUUUGAUGAAAAAUACACAUAUAAAAUAUAUUCACCAUCUUACCCCUCUCAUUUUACGUUACGUGUGGAUAAAUAAUGUUAAAUAUAUUUUGAUUAUUAAUAUUCCGAAAUAUACAUUAAAUUAUUUUAAAAUAUUUUUAAUUAAUAUUAGAUAUCUAAUUGUGUUAAAUUUAAAUUUUUAAAAAAAUUUGACCGCGUACAAUAUAUUUUUAUAUAGUAAUCUGUUUACUAGUUUGUAAAUUAAAUAUUUACAAACUAUUAAACUUAUUGAAUUAAAAUUUUACACCAAAAAAAAAA